ACAAAACUACCUACCCACACCUAUCUCUCAUUGAUCCUUAUUCUUCUUAUUUUCAUUCUACGUUUUUCAAACUUACUAAAUGUCUCAUUUUUCUCCCAAUCAUUUUGAAGGCAUGCCUUAUUUUUCUCCCGAUAAUAUUCCCGAUGAUAUUGAAGUUGAGCAUUUCAAGUGGUUUGUAAUGAGAGACUAUUGGGAUGAUGUUGUUACAUAUUACAAAGGAAACAAAUUUUAUCACAAGGUAAAAGUGAAGGGAAGAGGAACUGCAAUACAUGUAGCAGUAAGCAAUGGUGAGAAAGUGGCUGUGAAAAAGCUUGUAAGUGUAAUAGUGGAUAUGUGGAAUAAUAAUGAUGAAAUUCAUCCAUUAAGAGAGUUGGAUGAUGAUGAAAGUCGUGCUACACCUCUUCACCUUGCAGCAUAUAGAGGAUUCACAAGUAUGUGUGAAUGUAUAAUUGGAAAAAAUGGUGAAAGAAAGCAUUUGGUGUAUGAAGAAAAUGAUAAUGAGGAAACACCACUUUUUUGGGCUGUGCUAGGACACAGAAAAAGAACUUUUGUUUACCUAUAUCAAUUUGCACAACAAAAUGUCAAUAUUGUUAAGGAUAAAUAUGACACUACCAUCCUUCAUGUUGCCAUUAGGAGAGAAAUGUUCGUUUUGGCAUGUAUAAUAAUGCAUUGCUAUGCUAGUUCAAGUAUUAGCUCUAUGAAGGACAAAAAUGGUGUUACUCCUCUUGACGUACUUGCCACUAAGACAUCAACCUUCAAGAGUGGAAAUCAGCUAUCAUGGUGGAAGGAAAUUUUGUGCUACUGUUAUCCUUUAAAACUCACGAACGGAAAAACUAUAUUGAAUUCGAUUCAGAAUUCGAUUCAGAAGAUUGUAGUACGCAGAGAUAAAGAUGAUCAAAAUGGUGAUACAUCAAUACAAUUAAACUAUGACGAAGAAUUAGACAAAGAAGACAAAAUACGUUUAUGUAACUGUUACCGGUCUGUAUUCAGAUGGCCUAUUUUGUCACUAUUGGAAAUAGAGAAAAUAGAGAAUAUUAAGAAGAAGCGCUUCUUUGGUGCUCAACUCUUGGAAGAUUUAACACAAAAUCUUGACUACUCGUCCUACAUGGGUGGUGGGGGUAAAGUAGUAUUUAACGAAGAACAUGAGCAAGAAAUAGCAAAUAUAAUGAAGGGGUAUUUACAAAAUACCACAGAGCAAAGUGGCCCAUCUGAAAUUAAGGAAGAGAAUAAUGAAAGAAAAUUAUUAGCAGAGAAAAUUGGCAUAAAGGACACAACAUAUUUGGUUGCAGCAAAACAUGGCAUAGUGGAAAUUACGAGUAAACUUGUAUCUAAAAUGAAAAGUGUGAUCCAUGAGAGAAACUCUAACAAAGAAAAUGUUUUGCUUGUGGCAGUGAAGUAUAGGCAACCACAAAUUGUUGAGGAGUUGAGGAAGAGUUCAUCCAUAGACAAGAAUGUUUUUAAAAGCCUAUGUCAACAAGUUGAUAACAAUGGAAAUACCAUGUUACACUUGGCAUCAUAUACACUCAACAAAGAAACUACUUGGAGGAUAUCUGGUCCUGCCAUGCAAAUGAUGUGGGAUAUCAAGUGGUAUAAGUACAUCCAAAGAAUAGUACCAGGGCAUUUCAAAUAUAGAAUCAACACAAACAACAAAACCCCAGGUGAAAUAUUUAAGGAAGCGCAUGAAGUCCUUCUAGAAAAAAGCACUGAGUGGUUGAAAGAAACAGCAGAGUCAUGCUCAGUUGUAGCAGCACUAAUUGCAGGUCUCUCCUUUGCGACAUCAGGUAGUGUCCCUGGAGGAAAUGAUCAGAACACGGGAAAACCGACAUUGGAAGGACAACCUGCAUUUGAAGGAUUCGCUAUAUCUUCGUUAAUCGGACUUUACUUCUCUGGCACUGCACUCAUCAUGUUUCUUUCGAUUCUCACUUCUCGAAAACAAAUCGAAGACUUUAGUAUAAACUUGCCAACCAAGCUUCUUGCAGGCUUAACUUCUCUCUUCGUAUCGAUUGUUGCCAUGUUUAUUUCUUUCUGUGCUGGACAUUUCUUUGUGCUCACAGAUAAAUAUGGUAAACAUGAUAUCUUGUUCUAUUUAUAUAUUGUCUUUAGCUUUCCUGUCAUAUUCUAUGCAGCGGUGCAACUUCCGUUAUAUAUUGAUCUUGUUAAAGUUAUUUGGAAGAAAGUGCCACCAUCAAGUGUUAAGGGUGUUCAUUUGUAGUGUUAUUUGCUCUAUUGUAUUAAUUGCUUUGUGGAUCGAAAAUUAUGAGUUUGGUUUGUACUUUUUUUUACUCUUAGUUUGGUUUCUAAUUGAAUAAUGUCUCUUGUGUGUUUAAUAUGUUUGGAGUACUAUAUGAAUCUAUUGUGGGAUUUGACUCCGUUUGUAUCAUAUUAUUAUAAGUUGUGAUAAAGAUGAUAUGAAUUUUCGCA